AUUACUACUUCCAAAGAAAGUUAGACGAGGAUGAAAUUUUAGAGAGAGAAAAAGAAAGAAAAAGAGAGAGUGUGUGUAAGUGUUUGGAAAAAAACACUGGCCACACCACAACACAUUACAUUCACAUUCACAUUCACAUUCACAUUCAGCACAAUAGUCCAUCAACAGUCACUGGAAUCUCCCUGACUUCAAAUAAAAAGUCCCCUCUCUUUUCUCUCUCUCGCUGUGUCUAUUUUUCUCUAUUCAAUUUGUUGUUUUUUGCCCUAUUUCAUUCAUUCCGGGAGGGUUUUUGAGGCUUCUAAUCUCCAACCCUUUACAGACAGCCCCAAUCGGGCGUUUUGCGAAUCGUUGCUAAAUUGGUUUGCAUGAUGUGGGCAUGUUGUAAUGGUUUUUGAUCUCACAAUUCAGGUAAAUAUGGGUAUAUACCUCAGCACUCCCAAAACUGAAAAGUUCUCUGAUGAUGGUGAGAAUGAUAGGCUUAGGUAUGGUUUAUCAUCAAUGCAAGGUUGGCGCGCAACCAUGGAAGAUGCUCAUGCUGCGUUCCCUGAUCUUGAUCCAUCCACUUCAUUCUUUGGUGUUUAUGAUGGCCAUGGAGGUAAGGUGGUUGCAAAGUUCUGUGCCAAGUAUCUUCAUCAACAGAUGCUUAGGAAUGAAGCAUAUUCAGCUGGAGACAUAGGAACUUCUGUUCAGAAAGCAUUUUUCAGAAUGGAUGAAAUGAUGCGUGGACAGAGGGGUUGGAGGGAGUUAGCUGUUUUGGGCGAUAAAAUAAACAAGUUUACUGGCAUGAUAGAAGGGUUGAUUUGGUCUCCAAGGGGCAGUGAUAGUAAUGACCAUGUUGAUGAGUGGGCUUUUGAGGAGGGGCCUCAUUCUGAUUUCGCUGGACCAACUUCUGGGAGCACGGCUUGUGUUGCCAUUAUUAGAAACUACCAACUUAUUGUUGCAAAUGCUGGUGAUUCUCGUUGUGUGAUAUCUAGGAAGGGUCAGGCAUACAAUCUGUCUAGGGAUCACAAACCUGAUCUUGAGGUUGAGAAGGAUAGGAUUUUAAAGGCUGGUGGUUUUAUACAUGCAGGACGAGUCAAUGGCAGUUUAAAUCUUGCUAGAGCUAUAGGUGACAUGGAAUUCAAGCAGAAUAAAUAUUUGCCUGCUGAAAAGCAAAUUGUAACUGCCAAUCCGGAUAUAAACACUGUUGAGCUUUGUGACGAUGAUGAUUUUAUCGUGUUAGCAUGUGAUGGUAUCUGGGAUUGCAUGUCAAGCCAGCAACUGGUAGAUUUUGUUCAUGAACAACUACGCAUGGAAAAAAAGCUGUCUGUGGUGUGUGAGAGAGUACUUGAUAGGUGUUUGGCACCAUCAACAGCUGGUGGUGAGGGAUGCGACAACAUGACCAUGGUCUUGGUGCAGUUCAAGAAACCCAUUCAGUCCCCUCCAUCUGUGGAUGGGCAAUCCUCACCGUCCAAAACAGCUGACCCUGAAUCAAAGUAGCUGCAGCAGUCUAUCCACAUAUCAGAUCCUAUACUGCAUAACUCUCAUUGGAAGAAGAAAUUAUGAGAAUCCCCUACGUUCUUGAUAUUGAGUCCUUGGAUCUGUAACUGUAGAUGGCUCUGUAAGAAAUUGGAAGGAUCAAAUAUUAAGAGAAUUCGUUUUUGGCUGUGUGUUUAGGUUUGAGAAUUCAACAAUAUCACUACUUAAAAUAACAUGUACAGUUUAUUAACAACCGCAUCUCUGAACGGCAUCUAUGCAUAUAUUUCAAUGAUGCUAUACAAGCCAGCUGCUUAUGAUUCAGCUUGAUAUGAGCAAGGAAAAAAUGGCAUUACUAA